GUCAUGUCAGUGUCAAUUUUUUACUGUUUGUCAAGUUUGUGUUUGUGUAAAUGCAAAUAGGCCAUGAAUUAAAAAAGAAGAAGAAGAAGUCUGUGUUUACGUCUUGAUUCGUAAAAAAGGAUCAAUUCAUAGAUCAAUGUGAAUCUUAUUCAGAGAAAAAGUAUAAAUUAGAGAAAUCUUAUUGUAGCCAUAAGUGGUUUGUGCUUAUUGAUUUAUUCAUCUAUCAUCGUAAAAUUUAUCCCAAUAAUAAUAGACUUUUUCGGUAAUUAUUCAUUAUUUGCAGAAAUGAGUAACAAAUCUAGUGAAUUAAAAUUAUAUUGGAAUAAAAUAAAUUAUGCUUUUCCUAUUCUUAAUGAUACAAUAUUUAGUGAUUGCACUGGCACUGAAUAUGAUGAAGUACAACAAAUUAUCACAGGUAUGGGAAUCCAGGUUAAAGUUCGUGAUCUAAUACUUAUUCACAUUGAAAAAUAUCUUCGACAACAUGUCGCACCUUCGUUCUGGUCGAAAUUUAUAAAAGUUGAUGAAGAAGUUAAAGGCUUUCAAUUAUUUAAGUCUGCUGUUAAUGACUUAUAUGAGUCAGUUUCGAACUUUUCCGAAAUGUUACGAAGAUUGUCAAUUCUAAAUACCAGUUGUUGUGAUAACAGACCUAUAUUUGGAGAAAAAGAUGUUAUUUUGGGAUUUAAGCAACUAAUUCGUGCUACUCUUUUAUCACAGCUUCCUCUGGAUUACCAUGUUAUCAUAAACCACUUUUAUAAAAUGUCAUUUAAUGUGUUUGAUAAUGAGUAUGAAAGCUCUGACAUGAGCGAAGAUGUUAUGUGUUCUGGAUGUUGGAAUGAAUACUCUGAUUGUAAUUGUGCUUAUAUUGUAAAAGUUUUCCAUGAUACUAAUAGAAAAUUGAUGGAUCUACAGUUGUUAGAAAGACUGACUGGUCAAGUUUUAACCAAUUUUAUACAAAUGAGAAUAGAAUCCCAUAUACAGAAACUGUGUGAUGGUACUUUUGAUGUUUCACAUAUAGGUUUUUUGGAAAAUUGGUUAGAAACAACUGUAAUGUCUUGGCUGACAAGAAUAUACUGUGCAGGUUCAUCGAAACCUCCACCUGAUGAUAAAAACACUCAAAAUGCAAUAAUGCAGUUUAAAAAGAAAUUGAGUUACUAUUUAUAUUACAGCUAUACAAAACUUCGUAUAGAGCAACUCUUUAAUAUAAUUAUAGAAUAUCCAGACUCGCAACCUGCUGUUGAUGAUAUUAAACUAUGUCUUGACAAAACAGACCUAAGAUCUACUCUUUGCAAAAGGUUGCAAUCAGCAUUAGAGACAAGACUGUUACAUCCAGGUGUAAAUACUACUGAUAUUUUAACUGCAUAUGUUUCCACUAUUAGAGCUUUAAGACAUUUAGAUUCAUCAGGUGUAAUUUUAGAAACUGUAACUAAGCCAGUUCGGAGUUACUUGAGAAAUAGAGAAGAUACAGUGAGGAGUGUGGUCAGCAGUCUUACAGAGGAAGGUGCAGGCAGUGAACUUGCUGAGGAACUUGCUAAAUUUGCUGCAGAAGUGGAUGGAGAAAAUGAUAAAGAUGAUAUUUGGGAUGAAUGGAAUCCUGAUCCAGUUGAUGCUGAUCCAAAAGUAAACUCUAAUGAUAGGAGAGCAAAUGACAUUAUUUCAAUGCUAGUAAAUGUAUACGGUAGUAAAGAGUUAUUUGUUAAUGAGUAUAGAACUUUAUUGGCUGAUCGACUAUUAGCACACAAUGUGAUAAAUACAGAAAAGGAGAUCAGGUAUCUGGAGUUAUUGAAACUGAAAUUUGGAGAAUCUCAAUUACAUUUUUGUGAGGUAAUGUUGAAAGAUAUAUCUGAUUCCAAGAGGAUAAAUGCCCUGAUUCAACAAGAUAAAAUGUUUGAAAUAGCAAGUAAAAAUUUUACUUCUAAUGCAAUGAUACUUUCUGCUCAGUUUUGGCCUCCAUUUAAAGAUGAAAACUUAGAACUGCCAGAAGAAAUAAAACAACAUUUUGAAGCAUAUACUAAGUCAUAUGAAGCAUUAAAAGGGAAUAGAACAUUGAGUUGGAAACCUCAUUUAGGCUAUGUUAGUAUAAAGAUAGAGAUUGGUUCAAAGAAUCUAGAUUUAGUUGUAUCACCAUUUAAUGCAACAUUAAUAAUGCAUUUCCAAAAUAAACCAGAGUGGACACUUGAUGAACUCCACCAAGUCAUGAAAGUGCCUGUAACUGUACUUCGAAGAAAAAUUACUUAUUGGCAGUCAAUGGGUUUGAUAUCUGAAAAAUGCACUGAUACAUAUGUUUUAGUUGAUGAUUCUGAUGCAAAUAAAUCAAAUGUUGCUACUAAUCAGGUACAAGAAAUGAUUUGUGAAGAUGAUGAAACUGAAAGUGUUAUGGCAUCUGCCCAUGAUCAAAGGGAAGGAGAAUUGCAAGUAUUUUGGUCUUAUAUUGUAGGAAUGCUUACAAACUUAGACUCUUUACCGCUAGAUCGAAUCCAUCAAAUGUUGAAAAUGUUUGCAUCACAAGCUCCUGGUACUGAAUGUAGUCUGCAGGAAUUAAGACAGUUUUUAGACACAAAAGUACGAACACAUCAACUGAUUCUGCAAGGUGGCAUGUAUAAGUUGCCAAAAUCAUAAUAAUUGUAAGAAAAUAAAAUACUGCCACAUGUAUUGUGAUUUUAAUAUUCUUUGGAACAUUUGAAUCCAAUCAGGAUGAUUUUAAAAUAAGUAGAUAUAGAAUCCAAAGUUAUCAUUACACUAAUUUCACUCAAACAAAGAUUU